CGGGACUUCUUCCCUUCCCCUUUUCUUACCUUUGGUCUUUUGAUCUUCGAUAGAGCGGCUAUAGGCGGAGCUCUUGGCUAUGGCGGUCGAGCUCCCGACGCGAGAUCUUCCGCGAUAAUCCGCGAUAUUUCGUGCAAUCUCUUGCUUCUCCCCCUCAAUCUCGAUCCAAUGCUCUGUUCUUUGAUCGAUCGGGGGCCGAGUCCGUGAAAUUUCGGGUCGAUCGGGCGAUAGCAGCUGGGAUCGCGUCAGGGUCGAGGUGCAUGUGAGGAUUUUCUAGCGCUGCCAAAGGAUAUAGAGUUAGGAAAGAGGAGAUCGUCGCUUAGGGUUUUGGCGGCCUGAUUGGAGAAUGAUGUCCCGGGAGAUGGAACGAUGGCGCCUCUUCUUUGAGAACUCCGGGGAAGAUCUCUGGAGUGUCAUCGACUGGGCGCUCACCAUUGCGGCCGUGAAUUACCCCAAGGAGUUGCGAAUGAGGAGGGAUGGCUUUGCCGAAAAGCUGUUUGCGCCGUCAAACUACCCACUGGUGGCGACCAAUUGUGGCGGUGGAGCUCCAUUGCUACUGGCUGGAGGAUCGGACAGGAAGGACAGCCUCGAUCGUGAUCACGAUGACGAUCAGGGCGAGGAAGAGGAGAAUGCCGAUGCCCGGAACCUCGCUCCAGCAGAUGACGACGAAGAAGAGGCCGUGAGGCGUGAAGUUCUAAGUAUUGGGCAGACGCUCGAGAGGGAUCAAAACGAGCCAGCGGAGAAGCUUUUGAAGCCAAUUGAGAGAUUAGAACAGCUCCAGAUCUCUGUCCAAGCCUUAAAGGUGACUGGAAUUGGGAUGAUUGUCAAUAAAUUGCGUAAGCACCACAAGUCGAGCCGCGUCAAGGCCGGUUGCAAGAAACUUGUAAAGCUGUGGAAGGACGUCGUUGAUGAAUGGGCCAAGACAGCGGACGCGGCCGAUGCAGACGAACUAGCUCUUCCCAACGAGGCAGUCAAUGAGGUGGAAGUGAUUGAAGAACGGUUACCACACAGAGUGGACCUGUUAAGCAGUUCCGUGUCGAGCGUUACUCAGCCACCCCCUUUACAAAUGCUUGACAACGGAGGAGAGGAUAGUAUGUUUGGAUGUUCGCCCUCUGAUGACCGGGAGGACCACCACAAGUCUCAUCGGAUUAGUUAUCCACCGUCGGAGCAUAGUAAGAUGCUAAAUGGACCGUCAUUCCAACCCAGUGGCAAAUGGAUGGAUGAUGAUAGAACAAGGACGGGAAGAGCCCCGGUUGCAGCCCCCAGUUCUGCAAGUGCAAGGAAACCACCGACAACAAAGCCGAGUAGACCGUCUUUUCAAGAGAGCGGCUCCCUGACAGAGAAGCAAAAGCUAGAAACUACGAAGAGAUUAAUUCAUGACCAGUAUCAACAAGCUGCAAAUGUAAAGAGGCAAAGAACUGUGCAAGUGAUGGACAUGCAAGAUGUUCCUCAAGAUCGGCCUGGUAACCAUCUCAAGGCAGGUUCUGGAAACACCAGAAGGCCAGUCCAGCGCUAAGUAGCCCAGCAGAAGAGUGUGAAGGUUCAGUUCACUAUAGGAAACGGCGGAGAAGAGCCUUGUACAGAAGAAAAGAAAAGCAAAAAAGAGGGAAGGAUCGUCUCACUCGUUCGUCACUAUACUGCACGACAAGGCCAAGCAAAGUGAAGGAGAGAUUUAUCCGGCGGUGCUAGGGGUGAUAACAGGUCGAGGACAGACACGCCACAGGGGGAGGAAACGAGGGGCUAUAAAAUUUAUGGAGGAAAUAUUAUCUCACUUGGGAAAGAAGAGAACAGACAGGACACAGGGGCAAUACAUAAUUUUGUAGGCUAGCUUACAUACAGGGAUCCAGGGAAAAGGUUUCUUUAAAGGUACAGGCAGGAAAGAGAGAGCUUUAGUUAAGCUAUGGUGAAAAGAAGAAAGAGCGAACAAAUAAUUUACAGUGACUCUUUUGGCUGGUUCUGAACAAGUAAGUUGAUCCAGCACCAAAUUUUGAAAGACAAGAAGAGUAAGUUGAGGCAGCGAAACACAAUCACCGUAAGUAGUCAUGCUUGGUGUUUUCCUAAUCUCGUCCAGGAAAAAAGCUGUCAAGUUUUCAAAGCCAGGUGGUGGCCUGCGAAGAAUCCGCUCACGCCGCGGCCGACUGCUUGAUAAACUCGAUGCAUUCCGCGACAGCAUCUUGCGAGUAAGACGAGGAGGAGGAGGAGUCGAGGCGAGCAAACGACAAGGCGGCUCCAUCUCUCUCGUGCUCCUGCCGGAGAUGUGGCCGAGUUUGGCGCCGCCACCAUGAGCUUGACUUUGCUCCACGCUCCCUUGAGCUUGUCGACAAUGCCGGUGUGGAUGACGCUGGCCUUGAACUUGGGGAGCGUCACCUUGCACUUGUCCUUCUUGAUCCAGCUCGCCUUGGUGAAGCUGGACUUUCUUUCCUCGCGCUGGCUGAGGCUAAGGUGGUGGCCUGUUCUUCGCCGCGGCGCGAGGCAGAUCUGCAGGAAAUCCGGGCUGCGGAGAUCGAUGAUCCGGGAGGAUGGUCUGGUGCUGCUAGACAUUCUAGUCAAGAUCGAGAUCAAGAUCAAGAGUUUUCUUUC